CACCACCAGCACCGAGCGGGCUAAAUAGCGCCCCCUAGAGAGAUCCCUUGCGGAUUUCAUGGAGACAGCGACACUCCUGUCUUCUCACCUGAGAAGAAACAGCGGCUGGGCUUCCAUCAUGUCCUGCUUCUCCCAGGUCUGGCACACGGAAGUGCCGGACUCACCUCCCAUGAGCCCCAUCAGCCCCGUGCCGGCUGCCCCCCAUGAGAUCCCCAUCCCACUCAGCCCCAUCGUCAUCACCUCCCCGACGCCGGAAGACAGGCCCCGGGUGUGCUCCCCCAUCUCGUCGCCCGUGGGCUCCCCCGGGGACGGGAAGACCCGGCUGGGCUCGCCAACGGACCGGCCCACCUCGCCCAUCGAGUGCUCCAUCUGCUUCAACACGUACGACAACCUCUUCAAGACCCCCAAGCUGCUCCACUGCCGUCACACCUUCUGCCUGGAGUGCCUGGCCCGCCUGACGGCCGCCCUGCCACCCAACCGGGCCGAGGACCAGCUGCCGUGCCCGUUCUGCCGGCAAGUCACCGAUAUCCCGCUCGAAGGGCCUCCGGGCCUCCAGACGAGCAGGGAGCUCUUAGCCACCCUGCCGCCCGAGCACCAGCGGGAGAAGAUGCUCUGGAUGGAAGGCACCAAGCUGUGCUGCCGACAGUCGUCCGACCCGGAGAACGCCGAUGCCUGUGUCAGUAUCGACAUCGCCCCCAGCAAGCCCGAGGUCCCUCAAAUGCCCCCGGAAGGGCUCGUCGGGCGGCUCUCGCGCUGCGACAUGUGCGACGACUGGAAGCGGAUCAUUCUGCUCUCGGCGCUGAUCAUCGUCCUCUUCUGCAUCAUCUUGUGGCCAGUUCAGUGCGCCCUGAAGACGGGCAACCUCCGGUGCUUCACCAGAACGUACACAAUGGCCAGACCGCACUAUGUGCCUCCGUCUUACUUCACCACCGCAGCGCCGACGACGAAUACCGCCAGCCCCAUAGAGUGACCCGGGACGACCUCCCCCGGAGUCCAACGGGGAGGGGUCCGCAGCUCUUUCUUUGCACGCC